AACUGUCUUGGUUGGAUUACUAACACAAAUUUUUCUAUGAUUUGAUUUUCAUUCCGUUUAGGUUGUAGAUUAAGUGAGAAAAUAAAUAUUUAUUCAUCAAUAUGAAAGUGGUUUCAAUUUUCAUCGCUGUUAUUGCUGUGGCCAGCAGAUUGGUUGUUGCACAAUCUCAAUCCGGCUACAAUUACCCAAGUCCAUUCAAUCAAUUGACACCAGGUGCGACAAGCGAUUUAGGCGGCAUUCCAAAUGCCCAACAACCAACUCCAUUCACGGGAUCUCAACCUGGCUAUAAUAAUCAGCCAUUUACACCAGCAGUCCCACAAGGACCACCAUCAUUCGGUGUUACACCAACGUUGACACCAGGAUUCAAUCAACCACAAUUUGUGCCGACUACAAGUAGUUUACCAUCAAGUGGAGUUCCAAGCCAUUCAAACAUUCCAAGUCAUUCAAGCGUUCCAGGCCAUUCAAGCGUUCCAGGUCUUUCAAGUGUUCCAGGUCUUUCAAGCGUUCCAGGCAUUCCUUCCGGUGGUUUUGGAGCUCCUUCACAAUCCGGCCAAUUCCCAGCGACAUCUGCACCCUCGUCAAGUGUUCCAGGUCUUUCAAGCGUUCCAGGCAUUCCUUCCGGUGGCUUUGGAGCUCCUUCACAAUCCGGCCAAUUCCCAGCGACAUCUGCACCCUCGUCAAAAGGUUUCGAGUCUAGUGGUUUCCCACACUCAGGCGGUCAUUCAGGUGGUGGCCACUCAAUCGGUAGUCAUGGCAGUGGGCUUACAGGCACUUCAUUCCAAAGUCCAUCAGGUUUUCCAGGUUCAUCGGUAGACAGCGGUAGUACUGGCUUUGGAGCACCCGGUUUUGUACAAGGUCAACAAUCAUUUGGGGGACAAGCAAAUAACUUUGGUCAAUCUGGUGGCAGUACACAAUUUCAAGGUGAAAACGAUGGCUCUUAUCCUGGCGGCGAUUACUCGGCUAUCCCUGGAACGCCCGGUGUUGAUUAUCCAAUUUAUAUGGAAAUUCCAAAAACAUCAUUCGAUUGUAAAAACCAACAAUUCCCUGGAUACUAUGCCGACAUUGAAGCACAAUGUCAAGUUUUCCAUAUUUGUGCAUUGAAUACAACAUUCAAUUUCCUCUGUCCAAAUGGUACCAUUUUCAGUCAAGAGCACCUUGUUUGCGUGUGGUGGAAUCAAUUUGAUUGCAAUUCAGCACAAAGCUUAUACGGAAACAAUGCUUACAUUUAUGAUUAUUCAAAGACCGGACAAUCACAAGAUAAUCAAGGGCCAUCACGGAACUUUGGAAAUACUGAUGCUGGAAAUGGAUUUGACGGAGCACAAGGUCCAGGUUUUGUACAAGGUGGAUCGCCAAGUUUUGGAGCAACACAGCCAGGAUUCGGUUCAUCACUUUCUGGUGCGCCUGGUUUUGGAGUGCAAUCACCAUCGUUACCGAGUGGAUUUGGUCCAACCUCGGCAGCGGCAGUACCAUCAUUUACAUCACCAUCGUUCGGCUCGACACAAUCUGUUGCCCCAGGAUUCGGUGCAUCACAUUCAUCUCACAUCCCAAGUGGAACAUCAACCGGCUUCGGACAACCAGCACCAUCACAUUCAUCAGGUUUUGGACAAUCGCAUACUUCUUCUCAUAAUGUUCCAUCGAGUCAUAGUUUUCCAUCGUCGCAAAGUGGUGCCGAUCAAUAUCCAAUUGUUCCACCAAGUCAACCGGAUUAUCAACAGCCAUCAGUCAUAACUCCAACAAUUCCAAGCAGCCCAGCACCAUUCGGCGGACCCACAGGCUAUCCAGCUGCGGGAACACCAACGCCAAUCAACACUGCACUCGGUGAACAACCAUUGCCAAGCCGAGAGUACUUACCAUCAAGAAGGACUAAGUAAAAUCAAACUCAAUUGAAAUUCGAUAAAUACCAUUUAAAUUAUUCCAAUCAGUUACCUUUUAUAUCAGAACAAGUUUACACUACAAACAUAAAAACUGAAUUUGAAGCCGCAUAUUAUUCAUUUCCCAUUCUAGCCGAUGGAAUAAUAAUCUAUUGUAUAAAUAUGAUCAUUAUAUUUACCAUUUAUAAAAAAGUAUAUAUCAUAAAUCAAAACAUGAACAAGUUUCAUUAAAGUGCAUAUAAUUCAUAGAGUUAGUUGUAGAUUUUAAAACUUUCAUGUACAAGUA